UGGUGUUUUAAAAUUGUUUCUCAUUCUUUAGCAUCACCGUGUGAUCCCACUUUUAUCCUGAGCUGUGCUCCCUGCAAUGUGAUCUGCUCCAUGAUUUUCCAGAAUCGUUUUGAUUAUAAAGAUCAUAAUUUUCUUAACUUAAUUGAAAUGCUUGAUGAGAAUGUCAGGAUUCUGUCCACUCCAUGGGCACAGCUUUGCAAUAUGUUCCCUGUUCUUGUCAACUAUUUCCCAGGGAGUCAUAACAAAGUACAAAAAAAUUCCUCUAAUAUAAAAGAUUAUAUUAUGGAGAAAACAAGGGAACAUCAAGUAUCCCUGGACAUUAACAAUCCUAAGGACUUUAUUGAUUAUUUCCUGAUCAAAAUGGAACAGGAAAAGCACAACCCACAGUCAGUGUUUACUUUGGAAAACUUGGCCGCCACUGUAACUGAUCUCUUUGGAGCUGGAACAGAGACAACAAGUAGCACCCUGAGAUAUGCUCUUCUGCUUUUGCUGAAGCACCCAGAAGUCUCAGCUAAAGUCCAGGAAGAGAUUGACCGUGUGGUUGGCAGAGACCGGAACCCCUGCAUGCAGGACAGGAGCUCCAUGCCCUACACAGAUGCCAUGGUGCACGAGACCCAGAGAUACAUUGACCUUAUCCCCAACAACCUCCCGCAUUCGGUGACUUGUGACACUAAAUUCAGAAACUACUUCAUCCCCAAGGGCACAACCAUACUAACAGCUCUGACUUCCAUACUGCAUGAUGACAAAGAAUUCCCCAACCCAGAGAAGUUUGACCCUGGCCACUUCCUGGAUGAGAAAGGCAACUUUAAGAAGAGUGACUACUUCAUGCCUUUCUCAGCAGGAAAACGGAUGUGUGCAGGAGAGAGCCUGGCCCGCAUGGAGCUGUUUUUAUUCCUCACCACCAUUUUACAGAAAUUUACCUUGAAGCCUGUGGUCAACCCAAAGGACAUCGACAUCACCCCAGUUGUCAAUGGAUUUGCUUCUGUGCCCCCUCCUUACCAGAUCUGCUUUGUUCCUGUGUGAUGGAAGAGCAGACCCUUUGGCUCCUGAUGUAUUGUCAUCUACAACUCAGCAGGCCACCCCUGGGGGGCUUGUUCAUUUCCUUCCCACUUCACCCUCUUCCCAGGAAUGCCUUCUCUGACCUGCCCUCUCAUAUCAUCUCCCCAUUGCCUCCAGUGAGCACACAACCUCCAUUAAAGAAAGUUUCCCGAGUUUCACUUCACACAUUUAUCUGCUAUUCUUUAUACUCUGCUACUGUCCAUACUCAGAUCCUCAUCUGUAACCUAAAUAUAAUAAUUACUGAUGGUAAGGUUCAAAUGAACACAUGAAUGAUACAGACAUAUAAAUAUUAAAUAUUAACAGAAAAGUCUUCGGGUAUUUGUGUGUGUGUAUGGUUAUAUUUGCGAUCUGUGAGAGAGAGAGAGACAGAGAGACAGGGACAGAGAAACAGACAGAUGGAAGGAACAGCAGGUAGAAUACAGUGGGAGAAGUGGGCGAACCAUGGAGACCAAGGUGCACAAAAGUAUAUUGGGUUGUCGUUUUAUGUGUCAAUAAAUGUUUUCCUUCUAUGGA